AUGGGGUUCGAGGUUCGCCCAAACUUUAUCGCCAACGACCUCGACGACCUCGACGACCUCGACAACCUCCAGCAAUCAGCGAUGGGCGUAACAGGACUCUGGACAGUCCUAGAACCCUGCGCCCGCCCCGUCCGCCUCGACCAACUCGCAAAGAAACGCCUUGCAGUCGACGCCUCGAUCUGGGUCUACCAAUUCCUCAAAGCCGUCCGCGACAAAUCUGGGAACCAACUCCGCAACUCCCACAUCGUCGGAUUCUUCCGACGAAUCUGUAAGUUAUUAUUUUUUGGGAUCAAGCCUGUAUUCGUGUUUGAUGGAGGGGCACCGGUGUUGAAGAGACAGACGAUUGCGAAUCGGUUGAAGAGGAGGGAGGGGAGGAGGGAGGAUGCGGUCAGGACUGCGGGAAAGUUGUUGGCGUUGAGGAUGAAGCAGAAGGUGUUGGAGGAUAAGCAGAGGGAUAAGGCGACACUGAAUCCCACGAACGAAGGCGGUGAUGAGAUCCCGGAGAAUGUGGUAUACUACGGCGAACCACAAUACGCACUUCAGAAUAACCCCAAACCCGCAGCACCGACAAAGAGUGGUCCAUUGGGGAAUACACCAGCGUUAGGAAACCUCCAACGCGACUUCCGCAAAAAAGACGCCUACGACCUCCCCCGCCUCGACGUCCCCCUCGAAGACCUCGCCUCCCAAGCCGACCCCCGCAUCAUGACACAAGAAGAUCUCGAAGAAUACGCCCGCCAAUUCGAAGGCGGCGAAGACAUCACCCUUUACGACUUCUCCAAAAUCGACUUUGACGGCGAGUUCUUUACAUCUCUCCCUGUGGCGGAUCAGUACAAUAUCAUCAAUGCUGCGCGAUUGAGGAGUAGGUUGAGGAUGGGGUUGGCGAAGGAGCAGUUGAGUGAGAUGUUUCCUAAUCGGCUGGAGUUUUCGAAGUUUCAGAUUGAGAGAGUGAAGGAGAGGAACGACUUAACGCAGCGCUUAUUCAACAUCAACGGAAUGAACGAAGUCGGCGCACGCCGAAUCGCGUCCGAGAGAGGGCGUGAAUACAUGCUUGUCAAGAACGAAGGCGCGGAAGGUGGGUAUGCACUCGGCGUACGAGACGGAGCAGCGGAUAAACCGGUUGUGGUUGAUCCUUCGUCGCCGGUUAUUCCUCCGGUGAGUGAAGAAACGGAUAGUGAGGAUGAUGGGGCGUUUGAGGAUGUUCCGAUUCCGGGGGUGAACGUGCCGCCGCCGUUGAGGGCGCCUAGUCCGCCGAGACGGGAGCGGCCCCAAUUCAGACCGACGAGGCCGAGAAGGACGGAGCAGCCUACGCAGCGAGGUAAUGCUUUAUUCAGGGCAGUCAGUGAUGAAGGCAACGAGGAGGAAGAGUACGGGAAUGAUGAUGACGAUGUUGAGAUGGCAAUGGCUAUGUCGAUGGACGAAGCCAGAGGAGAUGCGAGGGAAGACGAUGAACUACAACGGGCUAUCAAUGCGUCUCUUCAGGAGCAGAACGUCCCCGUGGCAAGGCCUAUGCAAGAGGCCGUCAUGCUUGAAGAUGAUUCUGACUAUGAGGAUGAACAAAGGGCUAUUGCGAUGUCUCUGGAGAAUACCAACGAUGUCGGGCCAAGCCGCCCAGCAGCUGAGGAAAGAAGCCCAGCUUUGGUCAUGGAAAACGACUCAGGCGAUGAAAUGGAGGGGGAGCAAGCACCUGGUGGUUUCUUGACGGAGGCCGAGCAGCCGAAACAGAAAGAGCCGGAGUUGCCACCGUGGUUUUCAGCUGCUGAGCAAGUAGCUAACAAGGUGAAGGCGGAGGAAACUUCAGAGGCGGUUGCCGAAGAACCAAAGGAGCAACAAGAGAAGAACGAGGCGGCGCUUUUGCCGUUUCAGCAGAUGCAGUCGUUUUUGAAGAAGAAAGCUCCAGCUGGAUCAGCUCGCGCUUCGAACGCCAAGCUGUUGUUUGACGAACCGGCGCCAGAAGCUAGCGAUACAAAUGGUAGCGGUUUCGACCCGUCAUUGUUGAAGCGGAAGCAGGCAGGGCCCUCAAUCGUCUUUGAUGAGCCUGAGGCAGUUAAAGCGGGAGAACCUGAGGUCGUCGAUUUGAGUUCUCCUCCUCCUGAGGUGACGGUACCAGACAACGAGCCUUUGCACGAGUUUCCUGGGGACGCCAUUCGAGCGGAUGACGAGGACAGUGCGGCUACUCCUACGCCUCGGCAGAAGACCCCACCGCAGGUGAUCGCGUUGGAUGCAGAGGACGAUGAUGAUGAGGAUGACGAUGUGACAUUGCAGCCUGAAGCUAUUGCUGAAGCUGCGAAGGUUUUGCAAGAAAGUCCGCCGCCUCCAAUGGCUGAUACGGACCUGUUUGCGGAGUACGUGCGUGCUCAACCGCCCCCACCUGAGAAGCAGCUGUCACCGUUACCUGAUGCCAACGAGGAUGAACAUGCAUCGAUGUCGGAGCAAGUGCCCGAGGCGGAUACUACCAUUCCUUGGUCCCCGUCCCCUGAGCUUUCACAGAUGGAAGAGACUGGACAAGAAGCAUUAGCGGCAGACACCAGCGCUGAGCUCGUCGGUGAAGACCAGUUCUUCUCGGACGAUGAGGACGAACAACUCAUGAUGCAACUUGCCCAAGAAGCCGAAGAACACGCUCGUUUCACGAAUGAACUUCGUGGCCCGGCCUCUGAGCCGCAAACAAACGAAGACUUCGAGCGUGAACUGCGUCAGUUGCGUAAUCAGCAGAAGAAAGAUCGACGUGAUGCAGAUGAGGUAACGCAGGUGAUGAUCAAAGAAUGUCAGGAGCUCCUCCGGCAUUUCGGGCUUCCUUAUGUCACUGCUCCUAUGGAAGCCGAAGCGCAGUGCGCUGCAUUGGUUGAGAUGGGAUUGGUUGAUGGAGUUGUCACGGAUGACUCUGACGUGUUGCUUUUUGGUGGUACGCGUAUCUACAAAAACAUGUUCAACCAGGCUAAGUAUGUUGAGUGUUACUUGAUGGAUGACCUGAAGCGUGAGUAUAACCUAGACCGUGAGAAGCUGAUCAAAGUCGCGCACUUGCUGGGUAGUGACUAUACUGAAGGACUGCCCACUGUCGGUCCCGUGACUGCUCUUGAGUUGCUUGCAGAUUUCGAGAAAGAUGGUGGUUUGGAGGGCUUCAAGAGCUGGUGGCUGGACGUCCAACGCGGGAAGGAUGUGGAUUCAACUACCCCAUUCCGACGGAAGUUAAAGAAGAACGCUCACAAGAUCUUCCUUCCAACAUCCUUCCCUGACCCCAGGAUUGAUGAGGCAUACUUGCAACCCGAGGUCGACAAGGAUCCGCAGCCAUUCGAGUGGGGUGUGCCAGACUUGGACGCCUUGCGUAGCUUCCUCAUGAGCACGAUUGGCUGGUCCCAGGAACGUACGGAUGAAGUCCUGGUACCGGUUAUUCGUGACAUGAACCGUAAGCAGGCGGAAGGAACGCAAGUAAACCUUACGCACUUCUUUGAUGGGUCGACAGGUGCUGGUGCAGCGCCUAAGGAGAGGUACAUCUUCAAGAGUAAGCGCUUGCAAAAUGCAAUGACUAGUUUCCGGAGAGGCAAAACACCUGCUGGCGAGGCGGAUGGAGGCUCUAGUACCUCAUCGGAGGAAGAGGCCAACGCUUCGAACCGACAUCCGAAGGCACCUUCGAAGAAUGGCAAGGGUAAGAGAAAGCGUGCAGAGCCUGGAGAAAGUGAGGUCCCAAUCAAAACCGAGGCCGAUGAUGAGCUGCCUGUUGCACAGCCAGUGACCAAGAAGAGGGCACCCGUGAAAAUUGAUAUCGAGAGUUCAUCCGACGAUGACAACGCAUCAUGCGGUAUGAGUUUGGCUGCUUCGAGAGGUUCAGGAAGAGCUAAGGCCACUCCCAGAGGGAGGAGCAAAGGCAGAGGCAAAGCAAGGGCGAGGUAA